UUGGAAUAUGGAAUUCUUGGAGAACGUCGGUUCACCACUCCCGCUCCACACGAGUACGGCACCAAGUCGUCCGGCUCCAACACGAUGGCGAGUUCAGCGACAACGCCGACCCUUUCCAUCCCACAAUCGCGGAAAGCGUGUCGGGCCUUUCUGCUCGACCGGAUACACCUGGUUACUCAUUGGCCGGCUACCGCGAAGACCCGUGUGGACCGCGAUACCUACAACCAAGGCGUCGAUACUGAUGUCGCCAUCGAAACCAUCACCAGAAUUGCCGAGAUCAUACCCGCAUACGAAAACGUGACGUGGGCGGGCGGAUGGUCAGGUCUGUUUACCGUCACGCCAGAUUGGAACCCCGUGAUCGACCGUGUUCCCGGUGUCGAGAAUCUCGUCGUGGGCGCAGGGUUUUCGGGACACGGAUUCAAGAUGUCGCCAGCGAUCGGCCUUUCGUUGGCAGAACUCGUAACCAACGCGGAUGAAACGACGUUCGACUUGAACCCGAUACGCUUCAGCAGAUUCGAAGAGGGCGAUCUGCUCAAGUCAGCAUACGGCGGCAACGUAUUCGCUUGA